AUGGAUCCACCUGUGGGCAUGUGCAGCCCAGUGAAGUCCAACAACAUCCCAGGCUUCCUGAUAAAGCUGUGGGCUCUAGUGAGUAACCCAGACACCGAUGAGCUCAUCUGCUGGAGCCCUAGCGGGAACAGCUUCCAAGUGUUUAACACAGACCAGUUCACCAAGGAGUUGCUGCCCAGGUACUUCAAGCACAACAAAAUGGCCAGCUUCGUGCGGCAGCUCAACAAGUAUGGUUUCCGGAAAGUAGCCCACAUUGAGCAGCAGGGCCUGGUUAAGCCCCAGCAGGAUGCCAGUGAGUUCCAGCAUCCCUAUUUCCAGCGUGACCAGGAGCAGCUCCUUGAGCGCAUCAACAGUAGAGUGGUCAGCACGCCCACUGUGAAGAGCAAAGACGGUGCCACCAAGCUAUGGACAGACGUGCAACUGCUGAAGCAGAAGCAGGAGAGUAUGAACGCCGAGCUGCUAAGCAUGAAGCAGGGGAACCAGGCCCUGUGUCAGGAGGUGGACAGCUUGAAGCAGAAAUAUACUCAGCAGCAAAAAGCUGUCAACAAGGUCAUUCAGUUCCUGAUGCCACUGGUGCAGUCAAAGCAGGGGAAGGGGUUGAAGAGAAAGCGUCCUCCCGGGGUGGAUGACAGCACUUCAGCACCAUCUGCGCCCAAGCAUAGCCCCCCUCCAACGCCUGCCUACAGCAGCUCCAGCCUUUGCGCCCAAGACGCUGUUAACAGCUCUGGAGCCACAGUAUGGGACAUCCCUGAGCACACCCCCACCAGUCCCUUGACCUCACCAGGUAAUAGCAGAAAUGAGAAGUCUCUGCCCAGCGGCCCUCAAAUACCUGUCAAGGAGGGACCCCUCAGCCCACCUCAAAGCCCCUGUGUGGAAGAGGUGAAUGCUGGGCUUCUAUCCUCCAUGGAUUCCUCCGCAUCCCUGACUGACUUGAUUGACUCCAUCCUGAGGGACAGUGACUCUACCCUCGUCCCCUCAACCGGUUGUACCCCCACUUCACCACUCCCCUCCACCCCUGAGAAAUGCCUUGAUACAACCAGCUUGAACAAAGACGAGCUCUGUGAUCACCCGAAUGACAUGGACUGUAGCCUGGAUGACCUGAAGACCAUGCUGACCAGCCACAGCUUAGACAUGGACACCCUACUGGACCUUUUCAGCCCCUCUGUAACCAUGCCUGACAUGAGCCUGCCUGACCAGGACAGCAGCCUGGCCAGCAUCUUGUCUCCCCAGGAAUCUCCUAGGCCUACGGAAGUAGAAAAUGGAAGUCCUGACCCAGGUAAGCAGCCCGUGAAGUACACAACUCCACCCAUGGACACAGGGAGCAAGCUUCUCACGCUGUCCAAGCUGGCGGAGGACAGCUGUGUGGAGGAGCCCAUCGUCUCCCUGCUGAUGGGGAAUGAGCUCCUCAAAGCCAAGGACCUCACAAUGUCCUAG